AUGGCCACUCACAACAUUGUCGUUUUUAGCGGUGACCACUGCGGGCCGGAGGUCCUCAAGACAAUUGAGGCAGCUCGGCCAUCCGUGGGCAAGUUUAACCUGCAGGAACAUCUGUUGGGUGGUGCAUCUAUCGAUGUGCACAAUAGCGCCCUGACAGACGAGGCGCUCUCGGCCGCCAAGGCCGCCGACGCCGUCCUGCUCGGCGCCAUCGGCGGGCCGGAAUGGGCAACCUGCGGGCCGUGCAACUUCGCGAGCGACUGGCUGGUGGACAGCUCGCCGCUCAAGGUCGAGAUCUGCCGCGGCACCGACUUCGUCGUCGUGCGCGAGCUGACGGGCGGCAUCUCCUUUGGCGAGAGCAAGCGACGGGAGCGGAUUGAGCGCAUCGCGCGCCUGGCCGGCUUCCUGGCCCUCGCCCGCGACCCGCCGGCCAAGGUGUGGAGCCUGGACAAGGCGAACUUGCUCGCCACCAGCCGGCUCUGGCGCAAGGUCGUCAACGAGGUCUUCCAGAACGAGUUCCCGCAGCUCGAGGUCGCGCACCAGCUCAUCGACAGCGCCGCCAUGAUCAUGAUCAAGAACCCGACGGCGCUGAACGGCGUCGUCGUCACCAGCAACCUCUUCGGCGACAUCAUCAGCGACGAGGCGUCCGUCAUCCCGGGGAGCAUCGGCCUGCUUCCCAGCGAGGCCGCAGCGGUCGAGGCGGCCGUCAAGAGCGCCAUCGAUAAUGGCGCCCGGACCAAGGACAUGGGAGGGAACGUCAGCACUACGGCUAUGGGCGAGGCCGUUGUGGCGGAACUGCAGAAGAUUCUGAAGGCUUCUUCGUAG